CUCACUGUGAUGAGAGGAUUCAUUUCGGCUUCAUCUGGGGCAACCUUCCUUCAAACCGUGCCACCGUAACAUUUAACUCACGGUGCACCCUUGGACAAGCUGAGCUCACGGGUCGCAGUCUCACCAGAAGAGGGCAUUCCGAUUCUGCCUGACAAAGUUGCCUUGACAUGCAGACGUGAUUAACAACAGCGUCAUGCUGCAUUUCAAACCGAUCGACAACGAGCAUGAAGGGAACAUUUGGAGAAAAAGGUGGAUAUCUGUAUAUUUGACUAUUCCGUGAGGCUCGUUGACAGCGUUUCAUAGAGACUUGUGGAUAACCGAGCGUUACUUUCCCCUGUGCGCCAUGCGCGGAUCAGACUGAGCAUCCUUGAGAACAGAGACGCCGGGGGUUUACUUUGGAGAGGAAUCUGAGGGCUGCUUGACUCCUUUGGAAAAUUACGUACUGUUUUUUUUUAAUUUUUAUUUUGCAUCAUGCCAGCGUAUUUUUUUGAAGUUUUGUGACAGGAUUUCCUCCAUCUCCAUGUAAGACUGACAUGAAUUACUUGGAUGUGGCUUCGUUAUUGUCUGCGCCUACUGCAGUACUCUUUUUGGCUGUAACUUGAAAAAAAAAAAAAAAAAGAGAACGAUUAUUUUCCUGUGUAGACAUGGAGAGGGAGUUCUGAAACCGGAUUUUUUUUUCGUAUGCCGUUUUAAUCUGGAGUUGGAAGUAAAUGACAUUCGCCCCGGUUCAGUUGUACGGUUAUAGAUGCAGAACUAAACCGGAUAGCACAUCCAGGUCCGGGAGAGUAAAGGGCAGGUGCGCUUUGGAGUCGGCGGCUGCGCGGACAGACCGGGCUAGUGGAUUAGGACGGUACCUGUCUGUGGAGAGCGCGUCAUGCGGACUCGGAUGUCGCGCACCAGAAGCCAUUAAAACCUGUAGGCUGGAGCUGACAGAUAAGCGGAUAUGGGCUCUGCUCUGCGGCGUCGCUGGCUAGUGGUCCAACUCCUGAUGCAGGUGUGGCUGGCGGCAAAUCCAUCUCUGAGUGAGCGCCCAUGCCCCAAGAGCUGUCGCUGUGAUGGAAAAAUUGUCUAUUGUGAGUCAAGCGCCUUUCGCGAUGUCCCCAAGAACCUUUCAGGAGGCUGUGAAGGCCUGUCUUUACGGUACAACAGCCUCGCCAGUCUUCGUGCUGGACAGUUUGUAGGCCUCAACCACCUCAUCUGGCUCUACCUGGACCACAAUUAUAUUGCCUCUGUAGAUGGAAUGGCCUUUCAGGGGGUCCGCAGGCUCAAAGAGUUGAUCCUGAGUUCCAACAAGAUUACAUCGCUCCACAACACCACAUUCCACCCUGUCCCUAAUUUGCGUAAUCUGGACCUGUCCUACAACAAACUGCAGGCCUUGCAGCCUGGGCAGUUCCAGGGCCUACGGAAGCUUCUCAGCCUUCACAUACGCUCAAACUCUCUAAAAAUCAUCCCAGUGCGUCUGUUCCAAGAUUGCAGAAAUCUGGAAUUCCUGGAUCUGGGUUACAACCGCCUGCGCAGUAUCACUCGGAAUGCAUUUUCAGGCUUGGUCAAGCUCACUGAGCUGCAUCUGGAGCAUAACCAGUUCUCAAAGAUCAAUUUCUCUCACUUUCCUCGCCUCUACAAUCUGCGGGCACUUUACCUGCAGUGGAAUCGCAUUCGCUCAAUGAACCAGGGCCUGACCUGGACCUGGGCCUCCAUCCAGAAACUAGAUCUGUCUGGGAAUGAUCUGACAGACGUGGACGCUGUAGUUUACCAAUGCCUACCGAAUCUGCAGACCCUAAAUCUGGACUCCAACAAGCUGACCAAUGUCUCCCAGGAGGUUGUUGAUGCCUGGAUCUCCUUGACUACGAUUAGCUUAGCUGGGAACGUAUGGGACUGUGGCCCUGCCAUCUGUCCCCUGGUGGCCUGGCUGAGAAACUUCAGAGGGGCAAAGGAGACCACCAUGAUCUGCGCCUCGCCCAAGAAAGCCCAGGGUGAGAAAGUGAUGGAUGCUGUUGAAGCUUUUGGUGUUUGCCAGUCAAACCCAGCAACAACUCUUACUGUGAGUAUUCCUCCAACCCCGUCCAGUGUCCCUGUGCAGACUGAACAUCGCCCAGCCAUUCUGGCUUCACCUACUGGUUCUGGAAAGAGAGGAGAGGGAUCUAUCAGAGGCCCCACGUCAUCAGCUGUUACCCCACCUGUGGCACUUCCCCCAGAGCAAGACUUUGAGCCUGUGUCCUUCCACAAGAUUGUGGCUGGAAGUGUUGCCCUUUUUCUAUCUGUUGCAAUGAUCCUGUUGGUAAUCUACGUGUCUUGGAAGCGCUAUCCUAGCAGUGUCAAGCAGCUGCAGGAGCACUCGGCAGCAGCCCGCAAACGCCGCAAGAAAGCUAGAGAGACGGAGCGCACCCUGAGCUCUCCACUGCAGGAGUACUAUGUGGACUACAAGCCCACCAAUUCUGAGGCCAUGGAUGUGCUUGUCAAUGGGACCGGACCCUGCACCUAUACAAUCUCAGGCUCCCGAGAAUGCGAGGUCCCCCACCAGUUGGGUGCGCUGACCUUCUACCGCUAUGAACAGCCUAUCGUAGACUACUGCCAGGCCCAUCAGCCCCUGCGGCUCAACAUGGGCUAUGAGGGACCCCCACAGGGCCUGGAGGGCCUGGAGGACCUGGGGCCGUGUGAUAGGGGCACUAUACAGACAGUGGCGCUGCCUGCCGUGCCCUCAGCUGCCAGCAUAGGUGCCCCUGUGCCAGGGCCUCGCUCUCCUCCACCAUCUCUCAGACCACCAACCGAAGGCCCCAGCAGCGGUCCUUUUCCUCCUGCCGAGCGCACCGGCACACUCAAAUUUGGACGCUAGGGAGCCGAGCCUGGUGAUUAGACGUGGGGCUAGGGCCUCUGAUUCACCGUAACUUUAAAAUUAAGGGGCAGGCGAGCUGGUUAUUCAGUGGGGCCUUGUUUUCAGAACAUGAGUGUGUGAACUAGAGGACAACAUUUUCUAAUUCUGCCUGGAGGGAUUUGGCAUCAGAACCUCACAGUUUCACCAAUAUACAGUAGAGAGGGAGACUCUGAUUGCAUUUUGAUUUCUUUUUCAAACCACCUCAUAGAAAACUCCUUGCUACUGAAUCAUGGGCAGUAAUUGAGUAUAUGACAAAAAGUACUAUCUUGUUUCCAAAUCUGGUCUUUGCCAUAUCCCAUAACAACGUCAUGGGUUACCUGUUCACCACGUAACAGCAGUCCACUUGCAUUAAGUCAGGAGUGAAAGGGAAAGUGCAAUAAACACGGGUUCUUGAUCACAAAAGGUCAGAGCUAUAACAUAAAAGAGAUCAAGCUGGACAUCAUGUGAAGAGCAAGCGGCUUCUUACUGUGAUUAUUAUUAAAAUAUCUGGUCUGUAGUUAACAAAAGCAAAUCCAUAUCAUUAUUUCAUAAAGAUGAGUAAUUUCAAGACAGGUAAUUAAAUAGAAUUUAUCUUUCUUUUGUUUUACUUUCUUUUGUCUCUUUAGAUGUGGGUUCUCAUGCUGAAUUCUAUUAAUGUGCAUGUCAAACCAAAGAGUUAUAGUUUUGUUCUUUUAAUGCACAUAAGCUGCUUUAGCUGAGGGUAUUCUUAAAAUGCCAGUUGGUCAACUAAACUAGCCUCUCUGCCGACUUUACAUUCACAAUUACAACCAAAUCCCCUGGUGGUUUCAGAUGUACUGGGUUUUUCUUUACAGAUUAGUGAUCAUGCGAUACAUAGGGCCUACGAGAAGUGAGGUAAUGAAACUGAAAGUUUGAAGAUAUUUAUCAUAAAGUAUUUUACCUUGUCCUCCCAACAUCACUUCAGGUGUUAUCCAUGAUCUUGGUUAUGCUAUGAACUACGACAACCACAGAAUCACUUUAGAGGAGAUAUUAUGGUAUGUUCCAUAAAUUUCUUUAUCAUACAGGGGCCCUUUUCACAGCAGAAAGGCAGGUGUUUGUAUAUGAUUAUAUCCCAGCUGAAUGAUUCACUAUGCUUUAAAGAGGUAAUCAUGGGGAAUUUAUGUGGUAAAAUUAGUACAUUUUAAUGCAAAGUCUUGUACAUAUUCUUAAAAAAGGUCCACUUUACUGAAGGUUGAACCACUCUCACUGCCCCGAACAGUCAUUUAAAACAUUGAUGAGUCAAUGUUUGACUUUCAUCACACUGGACAAUUUCGAGAGCGCGAUCUUGCUGGAUUGGCAAACCUCUGGCCAUGUGCUCCCCUCUCCCCUCCAGCACACGAACAACAGUGCCUAGUGGGGCAUGUUGAAGCAGCACGUUGACUUCUCUUUGACCUGCAUAUGAACCCAUGGGCUGUACUGGGAAUAUUGCCUGACAUCUUUUUUUUUUUCCAGAAAGCGUGUCUGCACUCGGUAACCCUUUGGCCACUGCUACUCAAUGACUUAUGGAGCUGAUGAGGACUUCAGAUACGGCUGAGAUAGCCUUUCAAUAUCAUCUCCGGCUUAAUCCAAGCAGUGCACCGGGGUUGUUUUCUACAUGUCAGUGGUCAUACUCUUGGGAAUUGUGGAAUUGUGCUUGGUCCUCCCACAACCCAACUGACUGAUUUACAGAUGAAACUGCAAGGGGCCAAAAUAUCCCACGAAAGUGGGUGUAUCAUCAAGAUAAGAGAAUAAAUAAGGAAUUAUUUUUUUGUUUUGUUUUGUCAUUUUUUUGUUUUGGCUUGGAGCAUAAGAGACAGUUUUUGAGGUGUUCAAAGAUGAUGUCAAGAAAAUUCUAUAAGACUAAUCAAAGGACAAAAUCGAAUAGAACUUAUUUAUCGUGUAAAUAGUGAAUCUUCAAAGAUGAAAAAAAAGUAUGAACUAUGAACUUCUUCUGAAACACAAACUGCUUGUGAACAGAAGAGGAGCCUUACUCACUUUCCAGUGGGAAUCUGUUACCAAGAUGACUCGGUGAAGAGGUUCCUACUGUAACGCUCCUGUUGUUUCAAUGAUAAAUAUUUUUCUAUCUGCUCCCGUCACUAUUCCACCAUUAAACACAAAUUAUGUUACUGAAGUUAUUUCUCAAAUCCAAUCAUUUUACUGAAUCACACAAAGAAGGGAAGACUGGGAGCCCUGUUAUUGUGAUGUACUUCAAGUGUCAAACCAUGAGAUCCAUGUUUUCUGUUCUGACCAGACAUGUUUCAUCUUGCAGGAGAUGGCAGCAUGACAUGUUGUUAGUUACUUCCCAAUCCACUCCUCUUGUUUAAGAAUGUCAACACUAUCUGCCAUUUGAAGGUCUACUCGGGGAGAAGAAGUGUGCUAUUCUUUAUACCAAGAGUUUAACUUGUGAAGGAUAUUGUUUUUGAUGUGCCAUUAUUUUGUUAAAAGUUUUACCAAAAACCAGCCCCAAAACAACAAGUGACCCAAAAGUCUUCAUGGUUUCAUGACUAAGAAGGGUUAAGUCCCCUUCGUGUACAGGACAAUGCAUAAAAAGCAGUUGAUUCGCUCAGUACGGUUGCUUAAUAGUGCUGGUGGAGUUUACUUUGUAAUAGCAGCUGUGCCAAUGUCUUUAUAAUGGGAGCUCUCUCAAUUCUAUCCAUGUAUUGUCUUGCCUUGCUCUAUAUCACCCCUGCUAACUCCUUGGCCUGAAUUUCAUGUCUGCCUCUUGGUGACUCGGGUGAACCUGUUUAAUGAUGUUCUAUUUCUGUCCGCAUGCUGAUAUUUUGGGAAAGUAUGCCCAGUUAGGGAGGAGCGCUGAACAAGAGACAAACAGUAUGGGAGAAAUUUCCUGUCUGGAGUGCCCUAGAACCAGCAGCACUUGUCAUGGACAACUUCACUGUUUUUAAAGCAACUUGUUUGCUGACCCAUUCCUGCCCCUGUCUCGCCUAAGGUAGAAUUCCCUGGCAUUAUAGAGGCUGGAAGAGCCUUGUGUUGGGCACACCCCAGGGACAGACUUUCCCUUUAAUAGUCUCUUGCUCAAGCCCAGUACCCCAUAUGUGGUAAUUACUUCAGUUUUCAGAACAGUGAUAAUGGUUCAAUUCAGUCUAAACACAAUGAUCAAAGCUACUUUGCCCUUCAUGUGUAAUUAGAAAAUGCUAAUAAAAUCUUUGUAUGUUCACAAUUAAAUCAACUACUAAUAAGCGAUUGAUUAAUCAUGACUACCUCCCUGAUAAAAUCGGAUAUGUUCAGCGGAAUGUUCGAAUCCUGCUGCCAGUAAUUAUUUAGUCUUUUGUCCAUUUUAUUUUGCCAUCAGAGAGCUGGAAGCACAGGCGCUGCAUGCUAAUGAUGCAUGUUUGAGCUGAACUCCAGGACCGUCUGCGCUAGCCCCGCAAUGCCAACAGGCUUUAUUUUCUCUUCUGCUUUGUUUGUUUAUGGUUUUGUACACCCCGAGCUCCCCACCCCCCUUCACUCUUUGAGGUUGGGCUCAAGACAGUCCCCACUGGGAACAUUUCUCUUUCUUUCUUUUUUUUUUCUCUUUUUUAUUUUGCUCCAGGUGGGGUGAAUAAAGGUCUGAAGAAUUGCAGUGAAAACUUUCAUAUUUCAGUGUUAAUGUACAGAGGAAAAGCUGAACGCAAAUCUCAGAAGGGAGUGGGGGGGAGCAGGGGAGACAGGAGGGGGAGCAAGAGAUGCUGUACAAUAGGGAGGAUAUAGAGGGACAAAUGGGUAAGUGCAAGGAAAUUUUAUUCUGUUGCAAUGAAAGCUUUGUGAUGUUUCUGAAUGUCCCAGUCAGCUUUAUUGCCACUGUAACACAUGCAAGUCACACACCAGUAUUCUGUAGUAGUAUUACAUACACACAAAACUCAUACUCAAAUCAACUUGCAUCUUCUAAGCUGUAGGUAUGUAUUAUGCAUGCUCACAUGCAAAGAUAAACACCUCACAUGUUUUAAACACUUUAUUUUCAAGUUAAAACAUAAUUUCCACUUAGAAUCCUUUUUUUAAAAAGAAUCAUUGUUUAACUGCAGCAACAAUCAUGCAUAAAUGCAUAUAUGCAUAAAUGCAUAUACACAAACGAAAAGAAAAUCUACAAACCCAGGCAACGCACAUGCCUUGAUAAAUGAUAAUAAAGUACUCCAGCUUUUGACGCUGCCAUCCAUUCCAGUUCACCCAAGGCCAUCUGCGACGGUUCAGUAGGUUCUAAUCCAUUACCUGAUAAAUAGAUUUGAAAAAUGAAUCCUAAGCCAGACGUGGAGUUGCAGCUUUUCUUCCUCUGUCAUACAUCUGUGUCUUACCCGCAGGCAGCGCAGGGGCAUACCCACACAGCACACAGUCAUGACUCCAGAGAGUCAGCACGUAUACACACGGAUAGGGGGCCUAAGCAGAAAAAAAACAAGCUAAUGCCCCCCCAUCUGCCACUUCCAGAUACCCAAUUUGAGUUUCUAUUUUUGUUAGUGUGUCAUUACUGUGUGUGCAGACAGCAAAGUGGUUAGAAUUAAUAACUUUGUCAUGUUAAAAGGCAUAAAGACAAACUGGAAGCGAGUGAGUUAGCUACCCUGCAUGUACCCAGAUGGCCUGUGUGUGUGUAUCUAUAGCAGCACCUACUCCUCUACCUCCUCUGAACCAACGUCACCAUUACUGAUGUUCAGGCCAGCCCGGUCCCCAUUGAUUGUUAUUGUUCCAUGCUGUUUCACAUUAGCAUGAAGUCUUUAACCUCUGACCGGCAUUGUCCUGACUCUGUUUUUCUGCCAUUGCUCAUGUCAGAGGGGACACCGAAAGGGAAGGCAUGAUCAUUAACCUCUGUCAGGGAAACACACUUUUUCGUUUGUCUGACAAAGCCCGUUUACGCCCCUAAUUGGACUUAAUGUGAGCACUGAAGAAAGGAAGGUUUUUAUUUAAAUGGCCUGCAUUCUGCAGUUGACUUGAGUAUGCAGUGAGAGAGAAAGCAAAGAGAAACUGAUAGAAAGCAAUAUCAGAAUUAGUCUUUUGUUUUCUUGCAGGCUCAAAUCAAAUUGCUGCCUCUUAAACGCUUACCAUAUCAACCAGGGGAUCCCCGCUGUUUCCUUCUCAUCCAUUACCUGCAGAGAGCAUUGAUUUCUGUAGGGUGUAAAUAUGCGCUGCAUUGUUUUAUUUGGUAGUUGGUUUGUUGUUGAUUUUUCUUUUCUUUUUUUUAUUUGGAUUUUUGUUCUUUUUACUGUAUUCAGACCUAAAGCAUUUUUGUGGAGACCUGGUCCAAGCGCAAAAAUAUGGCUCUUCUUUGAGUAUAUUAUUGUCAGAAAAUGUUUUGUAAAAAUUUUGAUGAUGAUAUCAGAAAUAAACAUCUAAAGAUGGGA